CGAAUCAUUUUUUUUUUUUUUUUCCAUUUCCUGAUUUCUCUUCUUUCUCGGAUUCAUGUUUACGAUAUCAAACUUCAGUGAGUAUCGAGAAAUUGAUUCAACGGACAAUUAUGUUUACGUUUAAUUUGAAGCUAUUAGUUUUAGGGUUUGUUAUCACCGUAUAUGCGACAAGACGCUGUGGCGGAGAAACGUCGACGUGUUUGAUGGUGUACACUCAAGGCGGUGCUCCGGCAGUAUUUCAAUCCCCAAAAUGCCCUCGCUGGAAUCUCCCGGAGUACGAUUCUCGAUCACGCACCACCACUGCUUCCGGAGGCCGACGUUGUCAAUGGGCGAUGCUUCAGGGUCGUAGGAAGUCUCAGGAGGACCGCGUACUUUGUGCUCUGGACGUUCGCAUUCCCUUUCCUGGUAAAACAGGGGUUAAGGAAGUUGUGGUUGGAAUCGUUGCAGUGUUUGAUGGUCACAAUGGUGCUGAGGCUAGUGAGAUGGCUUCAAAGUUGUUGCUGGAGUAUUUUGCUUUGCAUACAUAUUUUCUAUUGGAUGCCACGUAUUCUUUUGCGUUGAAGAAAUCUACUGGAAAAUUACCUUGCAGGGGAGAAAAGGAUGCUGUUUUUCAGGUGUUAAAUUGGGAUGAUGAGCUUGGUUGGCAUGAGCUGAACUUUGACAGGUUUAAUUUUCCAUUGCCAGAAAUUUUUGAUGAUUCUUUUCAUUUGGAAAUUUUGAAGGAAGCAUUGUUGAGAGCUAUCCGUGAUAUUGAUGCAACAUUUUCUAAGGAAGCAUCCAGGAAAAAUUUUAAUUCAGGUUCUACUGCCACCAUUGUUCUGAUAGUGGAUGGCCAAAUUUUAGUGGCGAACAUUGGAGAUUCAAAGGCUCUUUUGUGCUCUGAAAAAUUCCAGUCUCCUGCAGAGGCAAAAGCCACUUUAUUAAGGUUAUACGGAGAGCAGAGACGCAAUGGUGUCUUUUCACCUGCAAGAUAUCGGGACAGAAUACAAUCAGUUGCAUCCAAUGGGCUGGCAUAUUUUAUCGUUGAGGAAUUGACCAGAGAUCAUCACCCAGAUAGAGAUGAUGAAAAGCUUCGAGUAGAAAAUGCUGGUGGAUAUGUUAAUGAGUGGGGUGGUGUGUCUCGCGUAAAUGGCCAGUUGGCUGUUUCCCGAGCUAUUGGAGAUGUGUAUUUUAAGAGUUAUGGUGUUAUAUCUGCACCUGAAGUGACCGAUUGGCAACCUCUCUCCACAAAUGAUACAUAUCUAGUGGUUGCAUCUGAUGGCAUGUUUGAGAAGUUGAGUUUGCAGGAUGUUUGUGAUAUACUUUGGGAGGUGCACAGUCAUGGUGGUGAGAGAUCAGAACUUUCUCCAUGUUCACGCUCAUUAGCUGAAUGCUUAGUAAACAUGGCCUUUGAAAAGGGCAGUUUGGACAAUGUGGCAACUGUUGUUGUUCCAUUAGAAUAUAUUGAAAUUCCUCAAAAACCGCCAAGGGAGAGGUGUGUUGGAGACGGAGACAUACAUUGCUCAUCUCUUGGACUAAAGAAGUUCAUGCAUGAGCAAUCAGGUAAGUUUCUCUUCUCUAAACUUUCUGAAGAUUUAGUUCAACUUUGGCAUAAGAUGAUGAGGACUAAGAUGUAUAGGUUAUUGGUUGAAGGAAGACGUGGGAAUUUCGGAUGUUAUUAUUUGUCUGAGAACUUAGACAAUAUGGAUACACUGCAAGCUCAAAAUAAUGAAAAAGAAAAUUAUGUGUAUGACCUACCUCGAGCUCUACCCGGAGCCUUCAGUCACCAUUAUGGUGGACCUUUGAAUUUGUAUAAUGACCUGAAUUUCUGCUUGCAUUUUGGGAUGAAUGUUGAUGGAGUUAAAGAUCAAUGCACUAAUCCUGAAGUCUUUGCUAGCUUCCUUGGCUUGCUUGAAUCUAUUCCUUUCAAUGAUGUUGGUUCAAAUUAUGGUUCAACUGAGCAUGCGACGCCUGACUUGAGGUAUAUAUUAAAGAAACGGUUUGGUCGCGGAUCAUAUGGGGAAGUAUGGCUGGCAUUCUAUUGGAAUUGCCAUGAAGAUAAAAAUGCUUCAAGUUGGACCGGGAAGAAUGAAAAUAUCUCAUCUACGAAUUGUUUUAAUGCAAAUAGAAGAAAUUCAGAUCAUAGGACUACCCAUGACUGCAGUGCUGGUUCUCCUGACGAUGACUUGUUCAUUUUGAAACGCAUUAUGGUAGAGAGAGGAGCUGCUGUUUAUUUAAGUGGUCUACGGGAGAAAUAUUUUGGUGAAGUUUUUCUAAAUGCUUCCAGAUGUCUCGGAGGUCCAAUAUCGGAUGGAAUCACAAGCUCAGUACUGGAAGAGUUGCAAUCUAGUUCUAAUUACGUAUUCGAACCAAAUGAACCAAGUUAUGGAUUAGGGAAUGGUUGGUCAAACGUGUCCUCCAACAAAUUUAGAAUCCAAAGACCUGCUUUUGAAGAAGGUUUGAACCAUAUAGCAAGAUAUGUAGAGUCUUUUGAAUCUCAAUCUAAUGAAAUCUGGCUUGUGUUUUGUCAUGAGGGCAUGUCCUUGUCAAGGCUUAUGUAUACUGUGGAGGAAGCAGAAAAUAAUACCACUAAAGAAAAUAUGGAGGAAGCAAAAUAUGUUCAGGUAUUGCAUCCAUCAAAGUGGUGGCAGUGGUUGAAGACAACAGAAGCAGGAAAAGAGGAAAUGCGCAACCUUAUAUGGCAAUUGUUGAUGGCUCUCAAAUCCUGCCAUGACCGCAACAUCACCCACAGGGAUAUCAAACCUGAGAACAUGGUAAUAUGCUUUGAAGAUCAGGACACUGGUAGAUGCUUGAAAGGAGGUCCCAGCUUAGAGAAGAAAUAUAGCACCAAAAUGCGAAUUAUUGACUUUGGUAGUGCAAUGGAUGAGUUCACUCUCAAACAUUUAUAUGGACCAACAGGACCUUCUAGGGCUGAACAAACUUAUGAGUAUGCUCCUCCGGAAGCGUUUCUUAAUGCUAGUUGGUAUCAGGGGCCAACAGGUUCAAAUUUGAAGUACGAUAUGUGGAGUGUAGGUGUUGUGAUUUUAGAGUUGAUCUUGGGAUCACCAAAUGUUUUUCAAAUAAGUUCUCUAACACGGGCCUUUCUAGAUCCACAUAUUGAAGGUUGGAAUGAAGACCUGAAGGAGCUUGCAUACAAACUUAGAUCAUUCAUGGAGUUAUGUAUCUUAAUCCCUGGGAGUUCCUCUAAACAUCAUGGCACAAUGGGCCAAGCUGGAGCUUCACCUGCUUCUUGGAAAUGCUCCGAAGAGUUCUUUUCCGAACAAAUCAAAAGUAGAGAUCCUCUGAAAUUAGGGUUUCCAAAUGUUUGGGCUUUACGGUUAGUACGCCAACUAUUACUCUGGAAUCCCGAGGAUCGAUUGAGUGUUGAUGAUGCUUUGCGGCAUCCUUAUUUCCAAACUCAUAAAAAUUGAGUUCGCAAGAAGUUUACAAGUUUUUCCAUUUGAUGCACCAGAUAAUCAAUAUUCCCAAAAGGAAAAUUCAAAAGAAUCACAAAUGAGAGGCUUUUCAGUGGAAGAUUUUGAAGAUUGAAAUACCGAUAGAAAUAAGAUGAAGUGAUGCCCUAAUCUCUUAAUUGGGUUGGCUCCUUACAAUGCCAUGCUGUUCAUCAGCUCCAAAAUUUCAUCAAGACCUGACUAUUUGGGGAUUCUAUUGCUCACAGGCAUCACUGUUAAUGCCAAACGCCAACAAUCCUCUUGACCCACAGGAUCAGAAUGGAAGUAUAUGGUUUAUCAUGUUGCGAUUCCGUUAUCACCGAUUAUUAUCACCAGUUAAAAAGGCAAAGAAAUAGCGUUGAUGUGUCAUCACAAUACAGAAAAAUCUACAAGGUCCUGCUUCAAAUGGUAAUUUUGCCUGCAAAUUGACAGUAGCUCAUCACUCAAAUGCUAAUGAAGAAGGGUCAUGCAUAGAAGCUGCGGAUUGUUGUUAUCAAAGUAGUAAAAAAGAAACUUAAAUUUCUGAUGUUCUUGGAAUCACGCAAGGAUAAAAUAGUUUCAGAAACAAAUAUUUUUCAAUUCACAGCUCUUGCCAAGAAUUUUUAGGGGAAAUUCCAUUUCUAGAGCCAAACAAUUAAUUUACAUGCUCGAAAUCAUUCAAGAAAUUUGUCUUAAGGGUACUACAAUAGCAGACAAAUUAUCAUAGCUGCCUUUAUCA